CUUAAUCCACCAUUUUGGAAUCCAGGAAGCUACUGAUGAUUGUUUGAUGUUGGAUAAUCUGCUAGAGAAAGCAGUCAAAAUGUUUCAUCCUAGUCAUUAUAUUUGCACACUAAACAGAAUAAAACUGAACUCUGCUUUCUUAAAGCUUGGAGCUAGAAACCCAAACGAAGCAGAGCUUGAACUUUUAAUGAGAAGAAAGGAGUUCCUGGAUGAAAUUCAUCAGUUUAUUGAGAUUGUUGAACCCGGGUUGACCCAGCGGCGAGGAUUAUCUUUGUUUGAGCGAGCAAUCUGUCAUCUUCAGAGCGUGAUAGGAAACCUAGACGAUUGCCUGGAGUGCUUGGAACAUUUUAGUGUGGGAAGCUAUAUGGACGAUGUCAACUUUAAGGCUGGAGCAGCAAGAGAUGAUGCAGAACUCUGGUUGGACGAACUCAGAUCUGGAUUGUCUUUGAAAACUGUGUAAACAUACAUUUCAUCCAAAUUAAGAGAAAAAAAUUCAAUUGUCGAUUUAAA